AGACCAUUUUGUAUUAGAGGAAGCAGUAUCUCUCUUGGAUGUCCUAACAACGUAGUUCUGAAUUACAAAAAAACAGGACUUAAACAGAAAAAGCUGGGCAUUAGGCAAGGAAUUACUGGGCACGCUGGAGGUGGUCACACAUGGGGAAUAGAUGGCUGUUUCAUCGAUAGCACUGCUAUGAACGUUCUCUAACUGCCUAGGGGAGAAAACUUACAAUGGAUUUGCGAAACAUUCCCUACCGUUCAGACGUGGUUACAUGGAACCCAGAUGACUUGGCAGAAUAUUUUAGGACGUUAAAGUAUAAGGACUGUGAGAAAGUCGUGAGAAAGCACAGCAUAAAUGGACAAAGGUUUUUGAACAUGUCUGAAAAUGAUAUCCAGAAAUUUCCCAAACUCAGAGUGCCAAUUGUAAGUAAAUUAAGUCAAGAAAUAAACAGAAAUGAAGGGAGGCUAUCUUUCUUUCCAAAAUGGGCCCAAACACAAAAAUGUCCUGAAAAUCCAGGAUACAGUCAAGAAGACGGUGGCUGGUCUUCAUUUGAUGAAGAUGAUGACUAUGAAAGCCCUGAUGAUGACCAGGAAAAGGAAGAUGAGGCUGACUAUGAAUCACCAACAGAAGAACCUGAGGAAGCAGAACAUGACAGUGAUGGCUAUGAGCCACCUCCAUCCAAUAACGAUGAAGCACACCACAAUGUCAUAUUUCCUGCCAAGUCACUUGCAAACAACACAGAUUAUAUAGACAGACCUCCAACAACGAGAUCAUCACAUCAGCCUCCAGUACCACCCCAGCGACCUGGCCCAUCCCCAGUACCAGCCUCAUUUGGGGGAAGAGGUGCUUCUCUGCCAGCUUUUCCUCCUCCACCAAGCAACAAUGACUUGAGUAGAGACAGAAAUAUCAAGCCUUUGAAACCCCCAGCUCCUUCUAUAGACAGAAGCACAAAACCCCCACUGGAUCGCCUUGCUCCACCAUUUGAAAGAGAAAGCCCGGUAUCAGGGAGGAAGCCAGGCUUUCCUGAAAAGCCUCUGACUUCGCAGCUAAGAUCCCUGGGGGAACAGCUAGCAAUGAUGCCAAAACCUCCUGUCCCACCAAGUGACAGAUAUGAAAGAGGCAAUCCAUCCCCUCUAAGGAAGCAAACCCCUGUAAAGCAGGGUUGGCCACCACACAAAAAAAAUGAAGAAGAAGAAGACACUGCACCCCAAAGACCAGUGCCACAGCUAUCUUUGCCCCCAUACAGCUCCAAUACAUUCCCAUCCAAAUCCGUCAAGCCUCCACCUAAGCCAGGAUCCAACAGUAUGCCUGGUCCAGAAAGUGCUAGAAACCUGUCUUCAAGUGGCUCACUACCACCACGCUUACAUCUAGGCAACAACAGCAGAUCUCCUUCAAGAGGCACAGCUGACAUAAGACCUCCAUUGCCAAUUCCUAGCAGACAGAGUGUUCACCAAACAAAUGUGGAGGAAGAUGAGGACUCACUAAAUGAUGAAUGGUACGUUGCUUAUGUUAGCCGGCCAGAAGCAGAAGCAGCUCUUCGAAAAAUAAACAAGGAUGGAACAUUCUUGGUAAGAGACAGCUCAAGAAAAACUGCUACUCAUCCAUAUGUACUGAUGGUGUUGUACAGAGAUAAAGUAUACAACAUCCAGAUUCGUUAUCAGGAGCAAAAUCACAUGUAUUUGCUAGGAACCGGUUUAAAAGGAAAAGAGGAUUUUUCUUCUGUAGCAGAUAUCAUUGAUUACUUCCAAAGAACACCUCUUCUUCUGAUUGAUGGAAAAGACAGAGGUUCAAGAAACCAGUGCAUGUUAAAAUAUGCUGCAGGACAUAUUUAAAUGAGACCUUAAUGAAGAUCACAUAUACCAUCGAAGCCUGCUGAAGUUUGUAAACUUCAGGAUAUUUCCUUUUUCAGCAAACUAAAAUCAUGAAGUCAUUAAAAAUCCUUUUAACUUCAAGGAAAAAAGACAAUGUUAUUUUUAAAUUAUACCUUAAAUGCAGUACUCUAUAAAUCUGAUUUUCCUACAAUGUGUUUAUUACUGUCUACUAAUCAUGCAGUACAUGAGAAUGUUUUUUCUUCCAACACAUGUGUAUCUUCUU